CACAGUCAGGGUAAGGACGCACAAGGACAUUAUCCGAAGAUGGUGAAGAUGAUAGUGGUGGUAUUGCUGAUGCUGGCUGGACACCGGUCGCUGGCAUUUGAAGAGAUUGCAGAGGAGCGGCUGUUCCCUCCGUUGCAUCCCAAUUGCACGCAGAGCCUGACGGACCUUCUUCUGUUGAGGCAAGAGGCUCAGCUCAACAGAAUGGCCGCGGCGCAGGAGGCCACGACGGAGCUUCUGAAGGCGAGUCUUGAGGCGUUGGUGCAAGUUCGCGACUCUCUGAAGGCAGAAGAACACACGCCUGCGACCGUCAAGUGCUUAUCUCCGUUUACCCAAGUAAGAGACAGCUGUCUCCUGUUGGCGCUUCAUGAGUUGCACACCUGGGCUUCGGCAAGACAGUACUGCGGCCGAUACGGGGCCGACCUGGUUCAUUUCUCGGAUGUUAAUGCUUACGUGGCUAUCCUCGAUUACAUUAACACCAUUAACCAGCAGAGAAAAAGCGUGAAUGUCUGGAUCGGCGGCUCAGACGAGGCCGUUGAAGACACAUGGGUUUGGAUCACAGGGGAGCUGAUGCCUCGGGGGCCGCCCUUCUGGGGAACGAAGGAUGGGUACAGACCGCAGCCCAGUGACGGUCGGAGCCAAAACUGUGCUAUCCUGUGGCAGCCAGACCAAUAUUACAUGCAUGAUGUCUCCUGUACCUACAAGGCCGUACCUCUCUGCCAGAUAUGAGUAAGAUGACUUUGAUAAGAGACUUCAGAUAACAGAAGCGAUAGGACUGGUUUUCAUUGUUAUUGUUGUUGUCUUGUGCCGGUCUUACUAAUCUUAUUGUCAUCGUUGUCGUAAUCACCAUGUUGAUUAUGUGAGAUAUGGAAUUUGAAAAUAAUCCCGAAUAACAAUGUAUGUAUGUAAAUA